AUGCUGCUCGACAGCACCAUCUUCCCGGACCUCGUGGACACGAUCGUGCGCGCGUCCAGCCUGGACGGCCUGUGCACCUGGCGCGGCGUGUCGCGCUACCAUCGCACUGUGGUCGACCGGAUCCUCUUCAACCAUGUGCACGUGUACGAGCGCGCAGCGUACACGACCGACGGCGCCACCGCGGGUGGGUUUGCAGUAUGCUCGCACGGCGUGCGUUGGCCGUUCUGGUCGUGGUCGCGUGACGGCACGCCCUCCAACGCCAUCCUCCUCCCACCGCCAUUUAAAUACACCAACAACCUCGACAUAUCGUGGCAGGGCGCCUCGGCAUCCGAAUAUCCCGUUCCCACCCCCAUCCUGGACCUCUUCGAGCCGAACACGAUACGCCUCGUCGCCUUCCGCGGCGCGUACCCCGCUCUGGAAUGGCGGUGGCCCAAGGCGCGCCUCAUUUCCUUCGUGGACGUGAGUACAACCAAGCAGCGAGGAGGACGGGAGACGCGUGUUGAGGGGCCCAAGACCAGCACGAUGCUUCAUCUGAAGUACGAUGCGCGGCGGAACGAGUUCUUCCGCCUCUUGGCACUAAGCUACAUCUUCCCCGUUUUCAAACCGACGCCCGAGAUAACGAUCAUCAUUUCGCCUGACCGACCGGGGCCCGAGUUGGCAUGUGAUCGCCGCAAGAUGACCGCGCAGGUGCUCAAGCGCGUGGGCUACUGGAUCCUGUACGGAGAUCAUGGCGGUGACAAGUACCACAUCACGGUCGUUGUGGAUGGACUGGAGGAUAAUGAGGAGCUCGCGGAGGAGCCACGCGCUAGCGCUAUCCGAGCUGCCGGGGACAAGGACGUCGCGGUGCCAACCAUGUCAGUCUCGUUCGUCACGCACGACGAGUACCGCGCCCAGCUCGGGUCCGAUGCGGCUCUCCACUACGACUGGCCGCGACAGCCUGGCGAGCGCCUCGUCCGCCGCGGGUCAGGGACACUGUGGGUACUGUGA